UUCACCUACCACCGCCAGAUUAAAUACAUUUUUUUUUGUGAAAAUAAUUCAUGCCAACUUGAAAAAUGAAGUGGAUUUUUUAUGUUAUAGUGUUUAUUUAUAUGUUUUAUAGAGCAGUUUAUGGAAUUAAAGCGAAAGAAUCGAACAGUUUGUCUAUUGAAGAAGUUAAAUAUGGGCCUGACAAACAUUACUACCCAGCCGGAAUCCGUAAGACUAUCAGUUGUAAAGCGGCAAAUAAGAAUCAAAAGGUGGAAUGGGUAGAUCCGAAUGGAAGAGUUGUUAAAAGAGUGUCGAAGAACAGAGUGUUCGUACAAGAGCACUUUGUGCCGACAUCGACGCUGCGGACGCGAGUACCUGCACUGGUGCUGGUUCUCACUCAUGCUACAGUCGACGACAGCGGCCUCUGGGAAUGUCGCUCAGGAGACGUCAAGCGCAACGUAUCUCUUUGUGUUAUAGAUCCAUCAAAGUUUGUCGACACACCGACAGAAGUGGGCGUCGAUAAAGGUCGGUCUAUAACUUUAUCCUGUCAAGCCCGUGGGGAACCUGAGCCGAGACUGAUUUGGUACAGAAAUGGAGAAUUAAUAACUGAGGACGAAGAAUCUGAUAAAUAUAGGGUGAUGACGAAAUACAACAGUCAAGGGUUCGAAGGUUUGUUGACAAUCAGCUCUCUGGAUGCGGAGGACAGCGGCGUAUACACUUGCGAGGCCAUUCAGGAGAGUCCUCAUGACUCAAGCUGCGGCAAUACGGAGAGCUUCAAUAUCACACUACAAGUCAACUAUGCUCCCGUGUUCACGGAUGCCAACGAAACUGAAAUUGUUUAUCAACUAGAGAAUGAAAGUGUUGACAUAGUAUGCUCCGCGAGCGGAUUCCCCACGCCAUCUUACACGUGGUUCAGGGAUUUAGGCGAAACUCUGUUUGAGUUUCCCGAUGAACGAGUUAAUCUGCAAGACGGCUCUAAAGCCGUGUUGACACUACCUUCUAACGCUACCAUAUCCUCACGAAGGUAUAAAUGUCGGGCGACCAACCAAUAUGGAGAAGCUUACAAAGUUUUUGUCAUUUACAAAAUGGAAAUUCCUACGAAACCCAGCGAGAUAACCAGUAAAGAGGCACACCAUGAUAGUAUUUAUCUUUACGUAAAAUGGGCAGAAGAGAUGUCAUUUCCCGUAAAAGCCAUAGAGGUUCAAUAUCUCGAAAAGGGCAGUUUGCCACGAAGGAAGAUAGAAAGUCUUAGAGAAGGAGAUUGGAGAAAAUCUAAAAAAGUAGAAAUAGAUUUGGAAUCAGCAGAGGAUGUGGAAGCGGAUAGUGAAGGAUUCUACUUUACUCUGAGCGAUUUGGAAUCGGAUACUGAAUAUUGGAUACGUUUGCGUGCUAUAAACGAAGCUGGAGAUUCACCUUGGUCGGAAGCAGCACUUGUACAAACUGUUGAGCAAGUUGAAGCUGAGGAACCUGAAGAAGAGGCCAAAGAAGAAAGUGAAGAAGAGACUAGUGAGGAUAAAGAAGAGAGUGCAGUUCCUGCUGGACUGGCUUACUCGGACGCCACGUUCUAUGGAGUCUUCUUCGCCGGUGGUAUUGUUGUGUUUGCAGUAGCUUGCAUGUUUUUGAUGAGAUUGGUGUAGUUAUUUUACAAUGUUAAUUAACUUAAUGGAUGUUUGAAAUAAAUAUAUUGAGUGGUUACUUUCGUUGAUUAA